GGCGUCGUCUUCCCGGAAGCUGAAGGGGAAAUCAGCGGAGUCGCGUUGGCGUUUCUCUCAGCUGACGCUCGAGCGCAGGAGACACCGAGCCUGGUCGCCGACUCCAGGAACAGGACAUGAUAAGGUCUCCACCAUGGACACAGAGAUGAUGAUGAUGCCGAAGUUCUCCUCGAAAGACGAGGAAAUCGAUUACUGGAAGUGCUUGUCUCUCAAAUACAAGAAGAGUUAUCGUGACGCUCAGGAGGAGCUGCAGGAGUUCCAGGAGGGCAGUCGAGAGCUGGAGGCCGAGCUGGAGGCUCAGCUGGGGCAGGCUGAGCACCGCAUUCGAGACCUGCAGUCAGAGAACCAGAGGCUGAAGAGCGAGGUGGACACACUCAAGGAGAAACUGGAGCAGCAGUACGCUCAGAGCUAUAAGCAGAUCGCCAUGCUGGAGGACGACCUGGUCCAAACACGUGGCAUCAAGGAGCAGCUGCACAAAUAUGUCAGGGAGCUGGAGCAGGCCAACGACGACCUGGAGAGAGCUAAGAGGGCCACCAUCACAUCCCUGGAGGACUUUGAGCAGAGGCUAAACCAGGCGAUUGAGAGGAAUGCCUUCCUGGAGAGCGAACUGGACGAGAAGGAGUCUCUGCUGGUGUCUGUGCAGAGGCUGAAAGAUGAAGCUAGAGACUUGAGGCAAGAGUUGGCAGUUCAAGAGAGGACUUCAGAUGUUGCCAGGAUGUCGGCCCCCAGCUCUCCCACCCUAGACAUUGAUAAGACAGACUCAGCAGUGCAGGCCUCCCUGUCCCUCCCAGCUACGCCUGUAGGGAAGAACAUGGAGCAUCCUUUCAUUGCUUCUAAAGCGUUGACCAAUGGCUGUGGAAGCUCCCCCCUCACACCGUCUGCACGGAUCUCGGCUCUUAACAUUGUUGGUGAUCUUCUGCGGAAAGUUGGGGCUCUUGAGUCUAAACUAGCUGCCUGUAGAAACUUCGCCAAGGACCAGGCAGCAAGGAAAAAUUACACAACAGGAAAUGGAAGCCUCAUCAACAGCAGCACAACCAAGUUCUCUCAUUCGCUCCACACUACGUAUUUUGACAAGACGAAUAUGAAUGGCCUGGAUCCCGGUGCCCUGACGGCCAUGGCUUCCCCGCGGCCCGUGUCUCCUCCUGGCAUGCUCCCUCUCAGCGUGUGAGAGACUUUCCCAGCGACCUCCACACAAGCUCGGACGCAAUGUGGAAACAGAGGGGACACUCCAGAGAUUGUGUGAGUCUGUGUGAGUGUGUGUGUGUGCGAGAGAGACUGAGAUGACGUGCCUCGAGCGUGUCUGACAGAUACAUGUCAGGCGUGAGGGUCCGUUCCUGGACUGAAGCGCGAGCUUCAGUCCACCUCUGUUCUUCUCACGAGGUCUCACCUAAAGCCAGCAAAAUGACAAAGGUCUGAGUCGGGCCACAGCUUUUGUGUGAGUGUUUCAGUGUGUCGCACAAUUUAAAAGACGUUCAAGGGAUUUUCUUUUUGAGGUGAACGUCGCUGUAUGCUUGAUGCCAAUGCGUGUGUGUGUGAUCUGAGGCAGUUCUGAAUGUCCCCUCAGCCUUGAUUUACACGUUCACUGUUUUCAGCUUCGGUAAAGGGUCUAAAUGUGGAGGUCCGCAGAUGUUUUUACUGGAAUGAAUGCCAAGAAAACGUGUUCAAUAGCAUGGAAACAUCUGCUAUUACUAUUAUUAACCCAGUUACAUCAGCAGACUGGUCACCAGUUUGCAUGAUGCAACCACUAUUUUAGGGCUUCAGAAGGUUUGUAUGUAUGUUUCUGAAACUGCACUUCAAAAUCCCACAGUUAAGUGAUGUUUACUGUGUCUAGAUUCACGGGCCACAGUGGUCACGAUGCAAACCAAACCGUAAGUACUGUUUCACUUGUGUAACUGCUUGGACUGUAAAUCAGUCUCUGUGCGGUGUGACCUUCCUCACAGAACUUGUCAGUGGUUGUAUGAACCUCAUUUCUAUCCCAUGUGCCUCUGCUGGGUCUGCUGGUGAGUUUGUGGAACUGAAGCCAGCUUUUGUUUAUCACAGGGUUUAAGUUCAGUUCAUUUACGUCAAACUUUAACAUCAAGUAUAGUAGGGCUGCACGAUAAAUCGCAUGCUAUAUUUAACGCGCAUCUUGUCAG